UGCCCGAUCCCCAAAAGGUCAUUCUGCAGGAUAUCCCAAACUCAAAAGAGAGAGGGGAUGAAUCAUACCUUUUAAUUUAUAAGAUAGAUGGCGCAAGCUACAGUCCAUUAUAAAGGGUGUAGCAAUCAGAAUCCAUUCAUCUAUCAAUCGCACUCCGUUGGCGGUGCGCGGCAGCGGCAGGGUCACUGUCCGUUGCGUCUUAUGUUUGUCAUGUGUUCGAUUGGAAUUAUAGGAUUACCGAAAUCACAUAUAAUCUAAAACCGACCUCAACCACGGUCAUCGGUGACCAACAAAAUGCACGGAAGAUUGAAAGUGAAGACGACUGCCGAACAAGAAGAGGAAAAACGUAAAGAACGCGAAAAGAAGUUGAAGACCUACAAAGCUGCCAACCGUCAAAUCGUUGAAAAAAGGCAAAGCGGAGAACUGGAUGAUGAGCUGCUACGCAUCACUGGCCAAGUUUUACAAACUAACCCCGAUGACAGUACUCUGUGGAACAUUCGGAGAGAAGUAUUCGAGAAAUACUUUGAAAAAGGGUCCAAACACACGGCAGAGGACGGGGAAGGCGAACUUAUGCUCACAGAAAUGGCACUGCAAAAGAAUCCAAAAUCUUACGGCGCGUGGAGCCACCGUGCGUGGGCCAUGGCUGCCUUUCCCAACAUGGACUGGGACAGGGAACUUCGCCUUUGCAAUCUCUUACUUGAGCAGGACGAACGUAACUUUAACGGCUGGGACUAUCGUCGGCUGGUGUGCCAGCGUGCCAAAGUGACCCCGGAGAAAGAGCUGUCCUUCACCAUGGACAAGAUUGCAGCCAACUUCUCCAACUAUUCAGCCUGGCACUAUCGAAGCAGCCUUCUGCCGAAGGUCCAUCCAGGCUCCCGAGAGGGUACCGUUGAGGAAGAUGUCCUCCUGGAAGAGUACAGCCUUGUUCAGAAUGCCACAUUCACAGACCCCGGGGACCAGAGUGGCUGGUUCUACCACAGGUGGCUCACAGGAAGAGAGAGGUCGGCGCUAGGUUUCCUUCUCUUCUGUGUUUCAAAGGAAACUCGUACAGUGACACUUCAUUUGACUCAGCAGAUAAGGAUUGAGGAGGUGGAGCUGACUGUCAGGAUGGAUGGAGUUCCCCUUUCGUUAGUAUGGCAUGCUCCCAGCACACUGUUGUGUUCUCCUCUCUGGUACGCCGACAUUCCUGGUGAUGCGUUGGUGGGGAACUGUGAUAAUGAAUGGAAAGCCACGGUGAGAUCUCGGGAUGGUGCAGAAGCGCACGCAGUCUUGUCUGUCAAGGCCUCUGAACAAGAAGUGAGGUUCACUGGAAACAUUCCACGAAAUCACCUCUUCAGUUGCGAACUGAGCGCUGCCCGAACCUCUGUCUUGGAGAAGGAGCUCGAGGUAUGCCAGGCGCUACACGAACUGGAGCCCCAAAACAAGUGGCCACUGCUCACGUGCGUGCUGCUUAUGCGGGCUCUGGAUGGCUCGGGGCACCGAGAGGAGAUUGAGAAGUUUCUCGUGGAACUGUUGACCGUCGACCCAAUGCGAUCUGCUUACUACCGAGACCUGAAGUCCAAGUUUGUGAUGGAGAUUGCAUUGGAGGGACUGGAUGCAAACGUAGAGCGCGUGAGUUUUGCUGGGAAGGAGCUGACAUGCGUGUAUCAUCCGGACCACCUGGCCCUGGUGCGCGACGUGGACUUCUCCAGGAACCGGAUCAGGGGUCUACGUUCGUUAUGCUUCCUGCAGAGCGUUGUCAGGCUGGAUUUGUCUGGCAACAGGGUGCUCACAUGCUUGGGCCUUGAGGAGCUGCCUCAUCUGCAGUGGCUUUCACUCGAGGACAAUGAAAUUUCAUCUUUAGAUGGCCUUGUUCCACUCAAGACAUGUCGAAAGCUGACUACACUACUUCUCAAAGGAAACCCUGUUUGCGAACACGAAAAAGACCUGCCAAGCUUUUUACCUCGAGUGAAAAUAUUUUGCGACUCCUCAGCCUAAGAACAGCUUCUAUAUUUUUGCAGUUACUGUUUCGAGCAGUGGUGCUUUGUUGAGAUGAAACUUCCAUUUUGUAUACUUUAAAAUAAUAAUAAAUUUAUGAUAUUG